AUGAGUCCUGCAAUGACAGACAGACGAGGCGUGUCUGAGACUUUCUGCUCAUUGCCUUCUCUCAGCGCCGGACACUCCGGGCCGGUCGCCGAUGCGCCGUUAAAAGCGCUCGGAGACCGGCCUCGUUCCGGCGCGAGAACCAAAAAAGCAAAGUCUUCCAAAGCUCCUUGCCUUGAGCUCAGCGAAGGUAAAAUCAGACCGAAGGGGAGUGGCUUCCUCGUUCUCUCUCCCAAUCUGCCAAAGGCCUGUGGGCGGAGCCUCCAGAUCCCGCCUGCGUAUGAUAAUGAGGGGCGGGGUCUUCGCCUGGACGCUCUCGCCAAGAUUAGAACAGAUUAG